CUCAGAAGCAGAGCUCAUAAUACUUCCGUGCCAUCAGAUGGCGCGAAUUGAACCCGGGUCGGUUUGCAGAGACAGCCGGUCUCGAUACCAAAUGUUGUGCUGCGUUAUCCUUUCAGGAAAAGGACUAGCUAGCAGGUGACAGACCGCCAUUUCCGCAACACGGCACUACAUAUCCCACCCUCACACCCACCCAGCUCAAGUCCAGCAACCGCACCCUCAACACAUACGCGGGCUCAAACAAGAUCACAACCAUGGUGACCAACGUCACUGUGACCAGCACUGUGGUGGUUCAGCUCACGGCGGAUCAGAACAAUGCGCUGCUGGCGCCGUCCACCCCUGGCUUUGAUCCGGCCGUUGAGAUCAUGUUUGGCAGGUCCUACGUCUACAUUAUCACCUCCCCCAUGGUCCCCUCCGACGUGCCACUGCCGACCUCUGGCAACGGCGGCGGCGCCGCGGCCGCCGCCAGCCCCUGUGCCUGGCUGGUGCUGCUGCUGGCGGCGCUGGCGGCCGUAGUGAUGAUGGCUGGAAGCAGUCCCGCGCUCCGGGCCUAAGGGUUGCGCGUUGGGUGCAUGCAUACAUGCAUGAGCAUGUGGCCUGUUUUCUACGAUAUUGGAACUCGGUUUGUGCCAUUCCUGGAGUAGUACCGAACUUGUACAGUCUUACUCAUUAAGCACUUGUUUGCUGGUCACGGGGCUGGAUGCAUGUGUAGGGCCCCACAGCAACGAUUGACAUGUUUGGUGGCCCCAAGCGUCUAUUUGUCGUGUUCGCACACUUGCAUUUAUUGAUUCUUGCAUUCACCAGCAAACCUUGCAUGGGACACUCGGGACCCAGCAGGACCUCCUGGUGUGCAUAAUCUGCUCACUGGCAUUACACGGCACACAUUGAACAACUUUGGUGUGAAUACAAUAUUGAUCAAUGCUUGCAACAGAACUUGCAGAGUAGAACUUGUCAGUUUGAGCCUAGGUGGCUGCGGCCGCCGGUGGGCACUGGGCGACCGGAAGCUUAUGUGCACUGGGCGACCGGAAGCUUAUGUUCGGGCGCUGGGGGAGACAUCCUGAUAUCGACAGGGGCGGGGGGGGGUGGUGAGGCGGGCGGUGGGCGGGUCGAGGGCACUGUGCGUGUCAUAGGCAUACUUGUGUGAAUCUGUGAAUGCGCGUGGGCAUGGGGACGUAGAUAGUUCCGUGAGGUUGUGCGUGAGGCAAGCCGGUGAAACCUCGCAAACAGCAAAUAAGAGCUGGGUGUUGGACGUUAGUCGUAUCACG